AACAACACAUGCAAGGAUAAGUAGCAACUGCACUAGGUACAGUUUUUUGUCCUUUGCUUGCUACAAAUUCAUCACUCACUCAAAAAAAAAAAACAACAAUGGCUUCUUCUCAUUCUCAUCAACAAGAGCCAUGGCUGAUGGAGAAUGGCAACGUGAAAGUGCUGACCAAGGAGAUGAGGCAUGGCCGCACCGCGCACAGCAUGUCAUCAUCUUCCCUGCGGAAGAAGUCUGAUCUCACCCUCGUGUCGAAGGUCCGGUGCGGGUUGCUCAGAAACCUCUUGGCUAAUCUCCAAGAGGUUAUUCUGGGCACCAAGCUCUCCAUUCUCUUCCCUUUCAUUCCCGCUGCCAUUUUUGCUGAGUGCUAUGGCUUGGGCAGAUCCUGGGUUUUUGUAUUGAGCUUACUUGCACUGACCCCACUAGCUGAACGUGUCAGCUUCCUCACAGAACAAAUUGCCUUUUACACAGGUCCCACAGUUGGUGGACUUCUUAAUGCAACAUGUGGGAAUGUUACUGAGCUCAUCAUAGCAAUAUUUGCUCUUAGCAGCAACAAAAUUGCUGUGGUCAAGUAUUCUCUCUUGGGUUCUGUGCUUUCAAACCUACUUCUUGUCCUUGGAACCUCUCUAUUCUGUGGUGGCAUUGCAAACAUUAGAGCAGAACAAAAAUAUGACAGAAGACAAGCAGAUGUGAACUCACUUAUGUUGCUGCUGGCUUUGUUGUGCCACUUGCUCCCAAUGCUAUUCAGAUACAGUGCUGCCUCUGCUGCUCUAACUGUCGAGCCGUCGCUCUAUUUGUCGCGAGCUUCGAGCAUUGUGAUGCUGGUUGCAUAUCUUGCUUACCUUGUCUUUCAACUGUGGACACACAGGCAAUUGUUUGAAGCUGAAGAUGAAGAUGAAGGUGGCAACAAUGAAUCAGAAGAACAAGCUGUGAUUGGAUUCUGGAGUGGCUUUGCUUGGCUGGUUGGGAUGACUGUAUUCAUUGCUUUGUUGUCUGAAUACGUGGUCGAUACAAUUGAGGAUGCAUCAGAUUCAUGGGGUCUGUCUGUAAGUUUCCUCAGCAUAAUCUUGCUACCAAUAGUUGGCAAUGCAGCAGAACAUGCAGGAGCAAUCAUUUUUGCUUUCAAGAACAAGCUAGACAUCUCAUUGGGUGUUGCAUUGGGUUCUGCAACUCAAAUUGGCAUGUUUGUGGUUCCCCUAUGCGUGAUUGUUGCUUGGAUAAUGGGUGUGAAUAUGGACUUGAACUUCAACCUUCUAGAGACAGGUUCUCUUGCUGUGGCAAUAAUAGUCACAGCCUUCACAUUACAGGAUGGAACCUCUCACUACAUCAAAGGCCUUAUUCUUCUCCUUUGCUACAUUGUUAUUGGGGCUUGCUUCUUCGUACAAAGAUUACCCUCCGACCAAAUUAAUGCUAACAACAUAAUGCUCAAAUCAGUCCCUAAUGCAGCUUUAAGCGCCUAGUAGGCUUUGGCCUAUUAUGGUCUCAAUCUUGAGAUGAAGAUUGGUAGCUAGCAUGCAGAGUCAAGACUCACAGGCAUACAGAUUCAAUGGAUUGGUUAUUGGUUCAUUGCUUCAUUUCAAUCAUUUUGUUAUACUCAUAUGAAAAGAGAAGGCAGAGAAAGUUUGCAGUGGCUUAAUUAGCAAGUAAUUUAGUUAUUGCAAGCUGUUAGUACAAGAUUUUUAUUCAUAUGUGUGUUUUAUCGAAGAAUUUGUGGCCUGGUGGCACAGGACUCAGUGGGUUGUUUUGAUCGUGUGCUUCUUUAGAUGAUAAAUAAAUUAUGGAAAUUAUUGUUCUUGCA